ACCGGCGGAGCGCGCAGUUCCGGACGCACCAGUCCGAGCGGAGCGGAGCGACCACACUCCCGCAGCCUGACACCUGCUCUGAUCCGCGCUCUCUCUUUCACAAACACAUACACACAUACACUCAUCCACAACAUCCGCCACAUCGUCUCAGAUGGAGCGAGAAGGACUCAGGCGGAUGUGGAGAAACAAUUCCACCUUUUCUGCGGACAGAUGAUCGAUUUUAAAGCGAGCUUUUCCAGACGAGCAUUUUGACAAAAAGACUUUAAUAACAAUUGAAACUCCGCACGCGGAGUGAGAGCUAAGGUUUUUAAAAUUAUUCCCUUUAACAAAUGUCCCACACCGUCUGCGAGGAAAACUUAAAGGCAUGUUGCACACAGAGGAGCACGAUGGUGCGAGCAUGCUGAAACGGAUGGACACAAGCUCACCAACACAUCAGGGGUCAGAGACGUGUUGUGUUGCUGAAUGGGCGACUAGUUCCAGGUCAUUUUACAUACCCUGUGAAGCCUCCCUUCUCAUCUAAUCGUGCAGGACUGGGACUCCCAGUAGAGUUGCAGGGAUGUACCAGGAGGUGGCCUUUCUGGCAGGCAGUGCUGAGCACCAGUUCACCACCUUCCACUUCAACCGUGUUGAGAAUCCACAAGAGGUCACAUCCAAGAAGGGCUUGUUCUACAAGCGAGCCCAGCUCCUGCUCCAGCCUCAGCCCCACCAGCAAGCUGGAGAUGAGAUUGGCCUGGCUGACAGGGCAGCUAUUAUAAAUGUAGGGGGCAUCAAGUACCACAUCCCCUGGUCCACGCUGGACGAAUUCCCCCUGACGCGACUGGGCAAGCUGCACAGUUGCAGUAAUGAAGCAGAGAUCAUGGACGUCUGCGAUGACUACGACGGCAGCCGCAAUGAAUAUUUUUUUGACCGAAGUCCAUCUGCAUUUCGCAUCAUUGUGACUUUCUUGGCAGCAGGGAAGCUGAGGCUUUUGAGAGAAAUGUGCGCCCUGUCCUUCCAGGAGGAGCUGCUGUACUGGGGGGUCGAGGACAACAACCUGGAAUGGUGCUGCCUCAGGAAGCUGCGUCUCAGGCAGGAGGAGUACAAGGAGCAGCAGAGGCUCGAAGAAGAGGAGGCCGAGCUCACCUCACCACAGUCCUGUGAGGAGACCCAACAGCCUCCAGGAGGACCAGAGGAGACCCUUGCAGGGGGCUGCAUGCGGAGGCUGAGGGACAUGGUGGAGAACCCACAUUCUGGCUUGCCAGGGAAGAUCUUUGCGUGUCUGUCGGUGUUAUUUGUUGCCAUCACUGCUGUGACUCUGUGUAUCAGCACCAUGCCUGACCUCAGAGAGGAAGAGGAGAGGGGUGAGUGCUCCCAGAGGUGCUACAACAUCUUUGUUCUGGAGACGGUCUGUGUCGCCUGGUUUUCCCUGGAGUUCCUGCUACGCUUCAUUCAGACUCAGAGCAAGUGUAUGUUUCUGCGUACGCCUCUGAACAUCAUUGACGUAGUGGCCAUUCUUCCUUACUACAUCACCCUCAUUGUGGACUCUCUGUCAGUGGGAGAGAAGCCCACAGGUUCAGGGAACAACUACCUGGAGAAAGUAGGGUUGGUCCUCCGAGUUCUGCGAGCCCUGCGGAUCUUUUACGUCAUGAGGUUGGCUCGCCACUCCUUAGGUCUGCAGACGCUCGGUCUGACGGUAAGGAGGUGCACACGUGAGUUUGGACUGUUGCUGCUGUUCCUGUGUGUGGCCAUGGCACUUUUCUCACCACUGGUGUUCCUAGCUGAGAGCGAAAUGGGCGCCAAGCAGGAGUUCACCAGCAUCCCCGGAAGCUACUGGUGGGCAGUCAUCUCAAUGACUACAGUUGGUUAUGGUGACAUGGUUCCCAGAAGCAUCCCAGGCCAGGUGGUGGCGCUCAGCAGCAUCCUGAGUGGCAUCCUCCUCAUGGCGUUCCCCGUCACAUCCAUCUUUCACACUUUCUCUCGCUCCUACGUGGAGCUUAAGGAGGAGCAGAGCCGGGCGAUGAGGCAGAAGCCGGACUCACAGGAUAGCACCAAGUCUCAGAACAGCGAGGAUUCUCAGGAGACGGACAGUUACCGUGGCAUCACAGAGGCUGCGGCGGCGGCAGCAGUACAGCGGAGAAAGUCCAUGGCUGCUCAGAGGGCUGCUGAGAUUAGAGCGUCCAUGCAAACUUAGAUUUUCUGUCUGCCCGUUUGUGCUCAGUUGGCAAGCUGGGAGGGCGUGACACCAGCACUGGUCAAAGAUGACGAACCGCAGGACUGUGAAGAGAGAAGAGAUUUUCUUUCUCUGCCUUUACUUUGAUUGUGUGAAGCAUCUGUGCAUCAAAGCAUAUCUGAGUUUCUCAAGUUUUUACAAAAGAACUAUCACAAAUUUACUGAGAUGAGCAUCAGUACAAAUUUUCAUGAUCAAUCACCUUAAGUUAAUGAGAUUAAAAGAUAAUUAUCACUGUCUCCUCACUGACUAACACUAAUAAACAUAACGUUACUUGUUGUUUUCAGC